AUGUUAAAGGCUGUGCUGAAGAAGAGCCGAGAGGGAGGAAAGGGGAGCAAGAAGGAGCCAGGAGGUGACUUUGGUCCAGAGUCUUCCCCUCCCGUCCUGCCCUCUGGCCACGGUGGCGACUUCUCUGUGAGCAGCCUUCCCAUGGCUGAGGACACCUACAGGGUGAGCUUGGCCAAGGGCGUCUCCAUGUCCCUGCCGUCAUCACCUCUGCUGCCGCGACAGUCUCACUCGGCGCAAUCAAGAUCCAACAAAAAAUCCCCAGGUCCCGUCAGGAAGCCCAAGUAUGUGGAAAGCCCCAGAGUGCCUGGAGAUGCAGUUAUAAUCCCGUUCAGAGACGUGUCCCAGCCAACAGAGCCUAAUGAGAAUGAAGCAAAGGCGGAUAAUGAACCGAGCUGUUCGCCGGCAGCUCAAGAACUGUUGACAAGGCUGGGAUUUUUACUGGGAGAAGGGAUCCCAAGUGCCACACACAUAACCAUUGAAGAAAAAAAUGAAACCAUGUGCACAGCCCUGAGCCAAGGCAUCAGUCCGUGCUCCACACUAACAAGCAGCACCGCAUCUCCUAGCACCGAUAGCCCCUGCUCCACCUUGAAUAGCUGUGUCAGCAAGACGGCAGCCAACAAAAGUCCCUGUGAGACCAUUAGCAGCCCUAGUUCCACCCUGGAGAGCAAGGACAGUGGAAUUAUAGCCACGAUUACAAGUUCAUCCGAAAAUGAUGACCGGAGUGGCUCCAGUUUGGAAUGGAAUAAGGACGGAAGCCUAAGGUUAGGGGUGCAGAAGGGAGUGCUCCAUGAUCGGAGGGCAGAUAAUUGUUCCCCAGUGGCGGAAGAGGAGCCGGCUGGGUCAGCAGAGAGCGUGCUGCCCACAGCUGAAGCCCCCGGAGGAGAUGGUCCAGUCCCUUACUCCCAGAGCUCCAGCUCGCUAAUAAUGCCACGGCCCAACUCAGUUGCAGCGACGAGCUCAACCAAAUUGGAAGAUCUGAGCUAUUUAGACGGGCAGAGAAAUGCUCCUCUUCGGACGUCCAUUAGAUUACCGUGGCACAGCACGGCCGGAGGUAGGGCGCAGGAAGUCAGAGCACGAUUUGCUCCCUACAAGCCGCAAGAUAUCUUGCUGAAGCCCCUGCUGUUUGAAGUACCGAGCAUCACCACCGACUCCGUGUUUGUGGGGAGGGAGUGGCUCUUCCAGCAGAUAGAGCAGAGCCUGCGGAACCCGGAGCAGGCGGAGAACCGCGGGGCAGUGGUGGUGGGGAGCGUGGGCUUCGGGAAGACGGCGAUCAUUUCCAAGCUGGUGGCGCUGAGCUGCCACGGAAGCCGCAUGAGGCAGAUUGCUUCCAACAGCCCCGGCUCGUCACCUAAAACUUCAGAUUCCUCCCCGGAUCUUCCAUUCACUCCACUGCUCUCACCGAGUACUUCUCCCGGUGGUACCACCACAGCCAAAACGCCUGCUGGGUUGGGAUCUGACUCUUCUGAAAACCAGAGACCGAGAGAGGAUGCAGCAAAACACCUCGCAUCCAAGGUGGUGGCCUACCACUACUGCCAGGCGGACAACACGUACACGUGCCUGGUGCCCGAGUUCGUGCACAGCAUCGCGGCGCUGCUGUGCCGGUCCCAUCGGCUGGCCGCCUACAGGGACCUGCUGAUCAGGGAGCCCCAGCUGCAGAGCAUGCUGAGCCUCCGGUCCUGUGUGCAGGACCCCGUGGCUGCCUUCAAGAGGGGAGUGCUGGAGCCGCUCACAAGCCUGAGAAACGAGCAGAAAAUUCCUGAAGAAGAAUACAUUAUCCUGAUCGAUGGCCUAAAUGAAGCCGAGUUUCAUAAACCUGAUUAUGGAGACACGCUUUCUUCAUUUAUUACCAAAAUUAUCUCUAAGUUUCCUGCCUGGUUGAAGUUGAUUGUGACUGUAAGAGCAAAUUUUCAGGAAAUCGUCAGCGGGCUGCCAUUCGUCAAGCUCUCCCUGGACGACUUUCCUGACAACAAGGACAUUCACAGCGACCUGCACGCCUACGUCCAGCACCGGGUGCACAGCAGCCCGGACAUCCUCAGCAACAUCUCCCUGAACGGCAAGGCGGACGCCGCCCUCAUCGGGAAGGUGAGCAGCCACCUGGUGCUGCGCAGCCUCGGCUCCUACCUGUACCUCAAGCUCACCCUGGACCUCUUCCAGAGGGGCCACCUGGUCAUCAAGAGCGCCAGCUACAAGGUGGUGCCCGUGUCGCUGUCCGAGCUCUACCUGCUGCAGUGCAACAUGAAGUUCAUGACCCAGUCCGCCUUCGAGCGGGCGCUCCCCAUCCUGAACGUGGCCCUCGCGUCCCUCCACCCCAUGACGGACGAGCAGAUCUUCCAGGCCAUCAACGCCGGCCACGUCCAGGGGGAGCAGGGCCGGGAGGACUUCCAACAGAGGAUGGAGGCCCUCUCCUGCUUCCUCAUCAAGCGGCGCGACAAGACCCGCAUGUUCUGCCACCCGUCCUUCAGGGAGUGGCUGGUCUGGAGGGCGGAUGGUGAGAACACGGCCUUCCUGUGCGAGCCCAGGAACGGGCACGCUCUCCUAGCGUUCAUGUUCUCUCGACAAGAGGGCAAGCUGAACCGGCAGCAGACCAUGGAGCUUGGGCACCACAUCCUGAAGGCACACAUUUUCAAGGGCCUCAGUAAGAAGACGGGGAUCUCCUCGAGCCAUCUCCAAGCCCUGUGGAUCGGGUACAGCACGGAGGGGCUGUCUGCCGCGCUAGCCUCGCUCAGGAACCUCUACACGCCCAACGUGAAGGUGAGCCGGCUCCUGAUUUUGGGCGGGGCCAACGUGAAUUACAGGACGGAAGUGCUGAAUAACGCCCCGAUCCUGUGCGUCCAGUCUCACCUUGGCCACGAGGAGGUGGUCACUCUGCUCCUGGAGUUUGGUGCCUGCCUGGACGGCAUGUCUGAGAACGGCAUGACUGCCCUCUGCUACGCGGCCGCCGCCGGCCACAUGAAGCUGGUGUGCCUGCUGGCCAAGAAGGGGGCGAGGUUGGACCACUUGGAUAAGAAAGGCCAGUGUGCACUGGUGCACAGCGCUCUGCGGGGCCACAGCGACGUGCUGCAGUACCUGCUGGCCUGCGAGUGGUCGGCGGGUGCUCCGCAGCCCGGUGCGCUGAAGAAGAGCCACGCCCUGCAGCAGGCACUGACGGCGGCCGCCAGCAUGGGCCACAGCGCGGUGGUCGAGUGCUUGCUGGGACUGGAAAAGGAACAUGAAAUAGACGUCAAUGGCACCGACACGCUGUGGGGAGAAACAGCCCUGACGGCCGCUGCCGGACGGGGGAAGCUGGACGUCUGCGAGCUGCUGCUGGAGCGCGGAGCGGCCGUGUCCCAGGCCAACAGGAGAGGCGUCCCGCCGCUGUUCUGCGCCGCACGCCAAGGGCACUGGCAGAUCGUGAGGCUGCUGUUGGAACGCGGCUGCGAUGUGAACCUGAGUGACAAGCAGGGCCGGACCCCCCUCAUGGUGGCCGCAUGCGAAGGGCACCUGAGCACCGUGGAGUUCCUCCUUUCCAAAGGUGCCACCCUUUCUUCUCUGGACAAAGAGGGUUUGUCAGCAUUGAGCUGGGCUUGUCUGAAAGGCCACAGGGCCGUGGUCCAGUUCCUGGUUGAGGAAGGAGCCGAGAUAGACCAGAUGGACAAGAACGGCCGCACCCCCCUGGACCUGGCGGCCUUCUACGGCGACGCAGAGACCGUGCUGUACCUGGUGGACAAGGGCGCCGUGAUCGAGCACGUGGACCACAGCGGGAUGCGUCCCUUGGACAGGGCCAUCGGUUGUCGGAACACAUCGGUCGUGGUCACGCUGCUGAGGAAAGGAGCCAAACUAGGAAAUGCUGCCUGGGCGAUGGCUACCUCCAAGCCUGACAUUCUGAUUAUACUUUUGCAGAAGUUGAUGGAGGAAGGAAACGUGUUGUACAAAAAAGGGAAGAUGAAGGAGGCAGCCCAGAGGUACCAGUACGCCCUACGGAAGUUCCCUCGAGAAGGACUUGGAGAGGACAUGAGGCCCUUCAAUGAACUAAGAGUUUCUCUCUAUCUCAACUUGUCUCGCUGCCGAAGAAAAACAAAUGACUUCGGCAUGGCGGAAGAAUUUGCUUCCAAGGCGCUCGAACUGAAACCAAAGUCCUAUGAAGCCUUUUAUGCCAGGGCGAGAGCGAAGAGAAACAGCAGGCAGUUCACGGCAGCCCUGGCGGACCUGCGGGAGGCCGUGAAGCUCUGCCCCACCAACCAGGAAAUCCGGCGGCUCCUGGCCCGCGUGGAGGAGGAGUGCAAGCAGGUGCAGAGGAGCCAGCAGCAGAAGCAGCAGUGCCCGCCGCCCGCCGCUCCCACGGACUCGGACAACGAAGAGGAGGCCCCGGCCCCGGCCCCGGCCCCGGGGCCCGAGGAUCCCUUCCCCCUGGCGGAGGCCGAAGAGGAAACGUCUCCGCAGGACGGCCCGGUUUCCCUGGCUCCCAGGCCCCAUCCCUCCGCCCCGUCCCCCUACAUCCGGAACCUGCAAGAAGGGUUACAGGCCAAGAUGAGGCCCGCCUCGCCACAGAACCCACAGAACCAGCACCGGCCCGGGGCCACCCAGCCCCCGCGGGAGCCGGUGGCGCAGCCGGGGCUGGUGGUGCAGCCCACCAAGCAGGCGCAGAUCGUGAAGACCAGCCAGCACCUGGGCGCCGGGCCGGCGGGCGCUAGGGGCGGGAGCAUGAGGCUGCAGGGCUCCUCCCCGCAUCCUCCUCCGAGCCCCAUGCCCGUCCGGGGCUCCGGAGCCCCCCCGGGUGGCAGAAGCCUGCACCCGCACCCGCACUUGGCGGAGGGCGCAGGCCCGUUCUCCUCCGCAGGGCCGGGUCCGGGCCGGUUCGUGGAGCGGCUGGGCCCGGGCCAUGGGGUCCAGAUGCAGCACAGCGACAGCGGCGCCGCCUACCCGCUGCCCAGCAAGAUCAAGAGCGCCGAGCGGCUGCUGGCUCACGCCCCCGGGACCCUGGAGGGAGCCUCGCUUGGCCACGGCCACGGCGGGCAGGUGGGUGGCAGCGACCUGCGGCACCCCGCCUCCCUCAGCAGCUCCGGCUCCUCCGGGUCCCCCUCCAGCAGCAUCAAGAUGUCCAGCUCCACCAGCAGCCUGACGUCCAGCAGCAGCUUUUCCGACGGCUUCAAGGGCCAGGGGCCCGAGGCCCGAGGCAGAGACAAGGCUGCUCCCCAGGUGCAGAGCGGCACCGCCGAGCACAGACCCCGCAACACGCCGUUCAUGGGCAUCACCGAUAAGACGGCCCGGUUCCAGCAGCAGCAGCAGCAGCAGCAGAGCCAUCCUCCCGGCCGCGCCUGGCACGCUGCUGCCGGGCCCGAGGGGCUGCUGCUGCCGCACACCCCUGCAGCCGGCCUGCAGGCCUCGAACCCGGAGAGGGCCUCCCUCAAACAGGCGGCAGCCGGGUACCACAGCCAAGCCAGGUCCGGCGCCGUGCCCACCCUGGGCGGCAGCAUCCACAAUGGGGCCCCCAGGGAGGAGCUAGAAGAAAGGAAGGGCCCGGGUCCAGCCCACUGCCAAGACAGCAGGGUGGCCAAGACUGUGUCCCAUCUGUACCAGGAGAGCAUCUCCAAGCAGCAGCCCCCGCACAUCGGUAGCGAAGCCCACAGGAGUCUCCUCCCCUCCGCCAAGCCAAAGCGGUCCUUCAUAGAGUCAAAUGUGUGA